AUGCGCCCCUUAAUGGCUCAUGAAUCUUCGAAAUAACCUCCAUAACGAUUCGACCGCACAAACAACCAUAAAACCGGUCUCAAAAUAUGAACCAACAGCACAACACAAGCUACCCUCUUACCUAUGUGACUAUGUCUCUGUCUUGAAAACCUUCACUAUAUAUUAGUUUUCAAUUUUCAUUCAUCUUUCAAUCCAUAGGAAGAAAAAGCAGAUAGAGAUGUUGGAUUCUUCUAACAACUCAGCGGUGAAGAUAGAAGUGCAGCCAGAGCCGGCAGAGCCGGUAACUGGUGGCGGCGGCGGCGGAGGCGGGAUUCUACAGCAAUGGAGUAGGGAGGACUUGAUCAAGAGAGGGUCGUUGGGAUUGAGAGGACUUGCUCUGUUUUUCUCUUUGAUUUCCCUCAUCCUUGUAGCCAGUAACAAGCAUGGUGGUUGGGCAGAUUUCGACAAGUAUCCACAAUACAGGUAUUUGUUGGCCAUAGCUAUUCUGUCUUGUUUUUACACUGGAGGCCAAGUGCAUCUUGGAGUUCAUGAACUUUCCACUGGGAGGAAAAUGCUUCAGCCAAGAAUUGCAGUGCUGUUUGAUUUUAUUGGAGAUCAGAUUAUGGCAUAUCUCUUGAUAUCAUCAGCGUCUUCAGCGAUUCCAAUAACAGAUACCAUAAGAGAAGGAGGAGACAAUAUAUUUACAGACUCAUCAUCUUCAGCCAUUAGCAUGUCCUUUCUAGCCUUUAUAUGUCUCGCACUAUCAGCCAUUAUAUCAGGACACAAACUAUCAGCUCAAACUUGUAUCUGAAAUUUCAUAAAAUUUUCUCUUAUCAUCUUUCGUAUUUCCAUUAUUUAUCAAUAAUACAUGUGUAUGUAAAUUUGUGCAAGGAAGUGAGUAUAAGAAUCCUCCACCCCUUUUAAGUC